AUGAAUACUAGGUCAGAGAGUGAUCUUGUGACAGUGGGCAAUCAGAGAGUUACUGAUUUCUCAUUCCUGGCAAGCAAUCUGUACACCCGUUUUAACGAGGAGGAUUUCCCCGUGGAAUGGGUUAUUACCAUCAACCUCACAGUCAGUCUGCCUAGUCAGACCCUACACGACACAUCCAGGGGACUAGUAAAGAUUUGUCUCUCUCCAGAGUUUUGUGGGAAUGAACCAGUGAAGUCUCCAACAUAUUGCGAUCCAACUCCUUGCUGUAAUGGAGGUAACUGCACUGAGACGGGUGACAGCUAUUACUGUGAGUGUGCCAUGUGCUGGACAUGGGAAAACUGCACUGAGUUUUUAGAAGAGUGUAGUACACCAAUCACACCCAGCCCUACUCCUACUACUCUGUCUUGUGAUCCAAACCCUUGCUCUAAUGGAGGGAGCUGUAGUAAGGUGAACGGGAGCUCUUACUGUGACUGUGCCAUUUGCUGGACUGGAGACAACUGCACACAGAUUGCAGAUGAAUGUACUGACACUCGCUGCACUACUGAGUGUCUGAAUGGUGGAACUUGUAUUCUAACAGAAAACUCAGAAUCACUCUGCGACUGUGUAAUAGGCUUUACUGGCAGCACGUGUGAGACUAAACUCCCUUCUUGCCCAGUACACUACUGCCACAAUGGAGGGACAUGCUCUCUGGUUCAUGGACAAAGUGUUUGCCUCUGCCAGCCUCAGUUCACAGGUAGCACAUGUGAGACAGUGCUGUGUGAGGCAGAAGCAGAUGUCCCAGUGUACCCUGGCAGUAGUGUGACCUACAGUUGGUCGUGGACAGAGGGAGGGAGGAGCCAGACUCAGCCCUGUCCUGACAUUUGUCGGGAGCUCAUAGACUAUCCUUCAGGAGCAGUGGUGGAGAGACGGUGUCAUGGAGACAGUGGCCAGUGGCUGGACACCGACUUCACUGCCUGUGGACUCACCAUCACUGCUCUACAGCUCUGUGAAGCUAGCCAGCUGAAAACUCCUCUGAAUGUGGCUAAUUCAGUGCUCAAUAUCACAAGCAAUCAAUCUGCUCUGGAUUAUUUCGCUAUUACUGUGGCAAGUGAUAUCAUUGCCAACCUAACUGAUGCAGCUGUUGAAGACACACAGGUGUAUGAAACAUAUUUGAGUAUUAUUGAUAAUGUGCUUGAAGGAAGGCCAGACCAAUUGCUAAAAAGCCAGAUGAAAUCAAAUUCUUCUAGCAGGAUCCUUCAGGAAAUUAAUCGACUCCAUAAUGAAAUACCAUUGGGUGAUCAAACACGAAUAAUGACGAAAACACUUAGAAACUAUGGCGUGAUAGUAUUGGACAUUAAUGCAAGUAGCGAGAAUGAAGGGAAGUAUGAUUCGUUCAGUGCUGACCUAGGAGGUGUGGAAACUGCAGUAAUGAGCAACGAGCUGAUUUCUCCUGAACAGCUCAUAGUGAGCUCUGGUGUACUCUCUAAUGUGACAGGAUCUCUUGGUUUGAAAGGACUGGACAAGUGUGCUGCUCAUAACAGAGAGCGUCUCAGGAUUAUCUACUCUGUUUUCCGUACAGACGCCUUGUUUCUCACUCCAGAAACAGCCUGUGAUCUCUAUGCCAUUAGUUCCAUAAUAGUGGGGGUCAAUGCUAGCAAAUGUGCCACCAAACUGUCUGCGAAGAUUGAUUUAGAGCGACUAAUGGAGGUUUGCCUGAACACCUCCAUCACUAAUUCUGAGACUGCUGCCUAUACAGCUCAGCAACAAAUGAAGCGAGUAUGCUCAAACUACAAGACAGAUGGAGCUGGGAGGUGGUCGUCUGAGGACUGUAGGGAAACAGGCAGGGGUGGAGGAAGAACACAGUGUGACUGCUCACAACUCGGUCACUUUGGCCUCUUUUUUGACUUGAACCCUGGAGAACCUCUGUCACCACUUGCACUUGCCACCAUAUCUUAUAUCGGAGCAAUUGUGUCAGUGUUUUGUCUACUUCUCCUUCUACUGACUUAUCUGAGCUCAAAGACUCUUCGAAGGAAGGAGCAUGGGAGGAUUCUGAUCAACAUCAGUGUGUCUCUCCUCUGUCUGUAUGUGGUGUUUGUGGUGGCCGGUCUGGUGACGUCAGUGGGGCCUCUCUGUGGCCUGGUGGCCGCUCUCUUCCACUACAUCAUGUUGGUCUUCUUUGGCUGGACCGCAGCUGAGGCUGUCUUUCUCUACCACAAGUUGGCCGUAGUACUGGGAAACCCAAUACACCACUAUGUCUGGAAGGCUGGACUUACAGUUUGGUUGUCUCCUCUUGUAGUUACAGCAAUUUCAGUGGGACUAGGCUAUAAGUACUAUAUCAACCCUUACUAUUGCAGGGCAACAGAGUGGCCAUUUUGGCUGGGACACAUCCUUCCAGUGUCCAUCAUUGGCAUAUUCAACUGGAUUGUUUUAGCCAUCAUAAUGCUCAAGCUAUGCCUCGGGACUGUCAAAGUUGACGUGGAGAGAGACAGUGCUAGGAGAACCUUCAAGAAGAACUUCAUUGCAGUUGGACUGUCGCUGCUGCUAGGACUUGGCUGGGGAUUUGGACUCAUUGCCACCAGCUCCGACCUCAAAGAACUGACCUUUGCCCUCCAAGUCAUCUUCAGUCUGUUGGUAGGCUCUCAGGGAGUUCUCAUCUUUGUCUUCCAUGGCCUGCGCUCUCCUCAGUUCCAACUGGUGUGGACAUCUGCCUUCGGUCUGAAGGGUAAGCAUAGACCUCUCAAAGACUUGGCUAAGAAGGAGAGUGGUUCAUACAACAUGCAUGCAACUGGAACAUACUUCAAUCAGUGA